UGAGUUUUUCCGCGAGGUGGCUCUAGCAUCGCCGUCGCCAUUUCUUUUGGAUUAUUUCCCCACAAUGACGAGUGUUACAGCAAAGCCCGCUGCAGCGCCUGCGGGCGGUAAGACGCAGGGAAAGAAGAUCAAGAGGGACAAGACGAAGAAUCCCAUGCGAGAGCUUCACAUCAGGAAACUCUGCCUCAACAUCUGCGUGGGAGAAUCUGGUGAUAGGCUUACGCGUGCCGCCAAGGUGCUGGAACAGCUGACUGGUCAGCAGCCCGUCUUCUCAAAAGCCCGCUACACCGUGAGGAGCUUCGGUAUUCGUAGGAAUGAAAAAAUUGCCGUGCACUGCACAGUGCGAGGUGCCAAGGCUGAGGAGAUCCUCGAGCGUGGCCUCAAGGUGCGUGAGUACGAGUUGAGACGCGACAAUUUCUCCGCCACCGGAAACUUUGGCUUCGGUAUUCAGGAGCACAUUGACUUGGGCAUCAAGUACGAUCCCUCCAUCGGAAUCUACGGUCUCGACUUCUACGUCGUACUCGGACGGCCAGGAUUCAACGUUGCUCACAAGAGACGCAAGAUGGGAAAGAUUGGCUUCCAGCAUCGUCUCACGAAGGAGGACGCGAUGAAGUGGUUCCAGCAGAAGUACGACGGUAUCAUCCUCAACAGCAAAAAGUGAAAGAGUGCGUGAGCCAAUUUUUCAAUAAAUCACUUACACUCCUUAAAA